CGCUGCCCGGUUACAGCGCGGCGCGCCCCUAAAAAGCGCACGCGUUUAAGGGGCGGAUCGAGAUUUAUUUUGUAACGUUAGAGCUUCAAAGGUAACGUUAUUCUUCAUGUGACCGGAUCUUUUCCGUUAAUCCCGGACAACAACCGGCUUCCGGAUUCACGUACAAACCCGUUUAUUUGUGUCGUUCGUUUGUAAGCAUCCGGAAUAUUUCCUGGAAUAUUUCUCUAUUUGAAUGGCUGUAGGUGCCAGAUCGCUCUGCGUUGCUUGUUACCAAUCGCGUUUUAUAGAAGAAACGUCGGCUUUUGUGUUGAUGUAAAUUAUGCUGCCCGGUAAACGCGCAGCGCGUCCGCUCGGGCUGAUACAAUAGCGGAUUUCAUACCGACGUGUCUGAUUUAAGAAUUAAGCGCCCGUGCGCUCCGGUUACCGGGCAAAAAAAUGUCGCUAAGCAGGAGCAUCGAGCUCGAGCACUUUGACGAACGGGACAAAGCGCACCGCUCCAAACGGACGUCGGGGUUGGGAGGCUCGGGCUCACAGCAGGGUUCGCGGGCGAACAGUCUAGUACCGAGUCCGGCGCACAGCGCUAACUGCAGCCUCUACCGGACGCGCACGCUUCAAGCGCUCAGCUCCGAGAAACGCGCUAAGAAGGUGCGCUUUUACCGGAAUGGAGACCGGUACUUCAAGGGUCUGGUGUACGCGGUGUCAAAUGACCGAUUCCGCUCGGUGGACGCGCUUCUGGCGGAGCUGACGCGCUCGCUCACGGAUAACCUGCACCUGCCGCAAGGUGUGCGCAACAUCUACAGCGUGGACGGCUCGAGGAAGAUCUCUAGCCUGGAGGAGCUCGUGGAAGGUGAGAGUUACGUCUGCGCCUCUAAUGAGCCCUACAGGAAGGUGGAAUACACUAAAAACGUCAACCCUAACUGGGGCUCUCGUCUGGCGGGGCCGGGGUCCGGAGGCGUGCGUCAGGGGGCUCAGCGCUCCAGUGGAGACAUGAGAGAGAGCAAAGACUUCAUCAAACCCAAACUGGUGACGGUGAUCCGCAGCGGCGUGAAGCCGCGGAAGGCCGUUCGGAUUCUGCUGAACAGGAAGACGGCGCAUUCCUUCGAUCAGGUGCUUGCUGACAUCACAGAGGCCAUCAAACUGGACACGGGUGUGGUGAAGAGACUCUACACGCUGGACGGGAAACAGUUGACCAGUCUGCAGGAUUUCUUCGGUGAUGAUGACGUGUUUAUGGCCUGCGGUUUGGAGAAGUUCCGUUACGCUCAGGAUGAUGCUGUCAUUGGUCACGCAGGAAAGGGGGCGGCGGCUGCGUUUGUUAGUGAAUGUAAGAAGUCCAGACCUGCAGUCCCACCCAAGGCAUGUGAAGCAAAAAGCCCUGGAGUCCCCAGAUCCAAAUCACCCGAAUCUGCCAAUGACGCACCUAGGAGUCAAUCUCCACCUGUGAUGUCAUCAAUGUGCAGCCCCAAAACUCAACGCAGUUGCAACACCUCUGUUCAUGAGGCGUCCCCCUCACCACCGCCCACCCGAGACCUCAUUCAAGAAGACGACAUCAGUCCAGAGGUGAAUGGUAAUGAGGUUCAGUCAUCUGUCAUCACAGAGAAAUAUAAAGUUGGGAAAGUGAUUGGAGAUGGAAACUUUGCUGUCGUCAGAGAGUGUGUGGAGAGGUCUUCAGGACAAGAGUUUGCGCUCAAGAUCAUAGACAAGGCCAAAUGCAGCGGCAAGGAGCACCUGAUAGCCAAUGAGGUGUCCAUACUGCGGCGGGUUCGACACCCCAGCAUCAUCAUGCUGAUAGAAGAACUGGACACGCCCGCUGAGCUCUAUCUGGUCAUGGAGCUGGUUAAGGGUGGUGAUUUGUUUGAUGCCAUCACAUCGUCUACAAAAUACACCGAGCGAGACGCCAGCGCCAUGCUGUUCAACCUGACCGGAGCGCUCCGGUAUCUACACCGAAUGAACAUCGUCCAUCGAGACAUUAAACCGGAAAAUCUGCUGGUGUGUGAAUAUCCAGACGGCACGAAGUCUCUGAAGUUGGGUGAUUUUGGUUUGGCUACGGUGGUGGAGGGACCGCUGCACACCGUCUGUGGGACGCCAACAUACGUCGCUCCUGAGAUUAUUGCAGAGACCGGAUACGGGCUGAAGGUGGACAUCUGGGCGGCCGGUGUGAUCACAUAUAUCCUGUUGUGUGGUUUUCCUCCGUUCCGCAGCGAGAGGAAUCAGCAGGACGAGCUGUUUGAACAGAUUAUGUUGGGCAAACUGGAGUUUCCUGCACCGUACUGGGACAACAUCGGCGUCACUGCUAAGGAUUUGAUCGGUAAGAUGCUGCAGGUGAAUGUUGGUGCUCGGUACACAGCUGAUGAGGUGCUGUCACACCCGUGGGUCCAGGAUGAUGCUGCGAUGGAGACCAGCACACCAUGUGACACAGACGAUUUUGUGGAACCAGAAAUCACACACAACAACACAACAGAAGACACUGACGUGGAUCAUCUCCAAAGUAACGACUGGUGAAUCUCUCUGGAUGUGCAGCAGAUGAAAAGCCCCAGACCAACACAGCAAACCUCAAAACCAACACCAGACCAGACCAGACCUGAACCAUCUCAUACCUGCAUCUUCAAUCAUGAGUAUAAAAGCCCACAGACUGAUGAUAGUCACAUCUACACAUCUUGGCUUUUGGACCAGAGAACUUCCAUACAGAAAACAGAACAAUGCCCUAACAACCAUCUAGCAACUUGCCGUAGCAACUCCAUAGCAACACCCUGGCAACCAUCCACACAGAGGGUUGUCACCACAGAGAUUUCUUCAUUUCUUUCUCUGUCUGUAUGUCUACAGUAUGUUUUCAUGUUCUGGUCUGUGUUUGAACGCAGGGGCUUCAACUUAACUGCUCGCUCACUCGCACUCUGUAUCUCUCUUUACUGCCCUUCAUCAUGUGUCUCUCUGAAUAUAAUGUUGAUGUGUCAUCUUUAGAAUCUUGUGACACACAUCUCAUGUCUCUCUCAGUGUGGAAUCGAAUGAGAACUGAUUGAGUUUUGAGUUUGCGUGUCAUUGGAUGUUUCUUUGUUUGAUUCAUGUGACCAAAUUUUAGGAGCCCGAUGUGUCAGUUCCUUCAGUGAAUUACUGUAGUGUGUGUUUAUCCAUGGAAUGCCUCCCUCUCUCUCUCUAUCUCUCUCUCUAGAAGAAUUCAUGUCAUGUCAUCUGAUCUGAACGGUACUCGUGUUGUGUUCAAUUUUGUACGAUGACUCUUUGGUGCAGAAGCCCCUCUUAAUGAUUCCAAUGAUGGAUUUAUUUCAUGUUUUGUUUUGUAUCGCAACAAUACAUCAUGAGUCACUGGAUGAUGCCA